AUGUCUAGCUUCUACCAUAUUUCCGUCCAAAUAAGCAAGUCCAAUCAUCAAACAGGCAAAGAAGCUGAAGAACGUUUCCCAAGAUCGCUAUUUGACGAGCUACCCUCUCACCCGUCUACUCCGAUAAGCAAGCGUCGCGACACACUACUCCGUAAUACGAACAAGAAGGAUUAUAGAUUCGGGACUAUUAGGAUCGAGUGGAUUGACUUUGAGACGAUGAGCGGUACAGAAGGCAAUAAUAAGGAUUCGAGAACUAAGUCGGGCCAGACAGAAGAAUGGCAGACUCCUGUAGCUCUAUUCGUCCCUGGCUCUCCCUCUCCAAGCCGAACGACUAACUUACCAGACGGAAUUGUGCACAUCUUCCGAGAAAGACCUGACAGACCUAUUCGCGACGCUCAGCCUGUCCCAUCCUCUUCAGCAGGGUCCACAACCGCAGAGGCAUCCACUUCAAGUGCAACAAGUGCCUCACCGACUGAAGUUCCAUCUGGUCAAGCUGCUACGACUGUUGCUGUGUUAGCUGUGCCACCAUGGAUGACACCGGCGGAUUUCCUGGCUUUUGUUGCUCCUGCUGCGGAAGGGAUGAAGCACCUUCGUCUCAUUCGAGAUGUUUCGCCGAAUAGGAAUAUGGUAGUUAUACAGUUCAGAAAGGCUCCGGAUGCCACGGAGUUCAUUGAAGAAUUCAAUGGGAAAUUAUUUAACUCUGUCGAGCCAGAGACGUGUAGCGUCGUCCGCGUGAAAUCCGUUGAGAUCGACACGGAUGAUCCAGUAUCCUUAACCUUCAACAGAACGUCUACGAACACUUCCUCUAUCUACGAGUUACCCACCUGUCCUGUCUGUCUUGACAGGAUGGAUACGUCAGUCACUGGUCUAGUAACAGUGCCUUGUUCGCAUACAUUCCAUUGUAUGUGCUUGAGCAAAUGGGGAGACAGUCGAUGUCCCGUCUGUCGAUACUCACAAAUCGCACUCUCCUCGGCCUCCCAAUCCACUUCUGGCUUCUCGUACGCUCCACCUCCAGCAGGGACCCGACUCGUCUCAUGUACAGAAUGCGACUCCCGUCUUAACCUCUGGAUCUGUCUUAUAUGCGGUAACGUCGGGUGCGGUCGACAAGGCCGUGCACACGCCAAGGGGCAUUAUGACCUGGCUUCACACCGCUACGCUAUGGAGUUAUCAACUCAACGUGUAUGGGACUACGCAGGGGAUAACUACGUCCACAGGUUAAUUCAGAACAAAGCAGACGGAAAACUCGUAGAGUUGCCCUCUGCUGCAGGUGUCGAAGAGUCACAGGGAGGAGGACAGGGGAGGGGUAGACCAGGUCAAGGACCUGGAGAAGAUGAUAACCUCAAAGCGGAGAAAAUGGAGAUACUCGCGAUGCAAUAUUCGCAAAUCUUACAACGCGCGAUGGAAGAUCAGCGUGUGGCGUAUGACGAGCAGACUGCAGAGCUGAGACGAAGACUUGAAGAUGCACAGCGGAAGGUAGAGAUCAUGUCUGAAGAUACGGAACGGAAAGUCCGCGAAGCGCAUGAAGAACUGCAGAGGAGACGGCUCGAAGAUGAGGAACGACAGGCUCAUCUCGAGAGGGAACGAGUGAAGGCGGAGAAGAAGGCGGAGAAGAAGGCGGAGAAGAUGACGGAGGUGGCUCGGAAGUUGGAGAAGGAGUUGAAGGAGGAGCGCACGGUUAGUGAAGGGUUGUUCAAUAAUAUUUCUACGUUGAGGGGGAAAGUAGAGACGAUGGAGAAGGAGAAAACCGAGCUAGCGUCGAAAGUUUCGGAUUUAGAGGAACAGAUGAGGGAUCUGAUGUUCUUCCUCGAAGCUCGAGACAAGAUCGAACAAGGCGGAGGUGUCGUAUCCGAAGCUGCAGGCGGCUCCAUCGAGUUGCCUCAACCUCCACCGGAUCGCACCGGGGCGGGUGGCAAGAAGAAAAAGAAGAGAUAAAAUCACGACAAGCACGAAUAGAAGUGA